AUGGCGGACAGCAGACGCGUGUUCGUGCAGCUGGCGGGCGUGCGGGACUCGCAGGUGGAGGUUGGAGCGCCCGUCAUGGCCUUUGUCAUGCCCACAGACUCGUGGCUUUCUGUCGUCAACGAAUUCCUCAUGAGCUGCAAUGACGAUGACAUGGAGGUGGAGCAGCGGCCGCCGGGACUACUCGAAGGCUGCGUCGUGCUGCACGCGGCGUCGCUGCAGCAGACCUCGGACCCGGCAGGCUGUGAAGAUGGCAAACAGUACAUUUUAUGUAUGAACGCAGAUGACGCUGUACGACUACAGAAGCAAAGGUUCGGAGACAGCACCGCCAGCAGCGUCACUGGAACCAGCGACACCGACGCGCUGGCCCGUGGCAGCAUCGCUCUGACCGACCAGCUCGAGUCUCUGGAAGAACUAGACUAUUACUUUGACGACGCUGGCACACUACGCCACUGUCGCACGAACCAGGCCGUGUACGAGCUCAUGAGCGAUGAGAGACGUGCAGGCGAGCUGGACGACAUCGUCAAGGCUGCAAUCUUUCACAUCCAGAUGGAAAUGCUGGCUGAGCUGGCCUUCAAACAGGCGCGUGUCCCGCUCGACCCAAGACCUGACGAGCCAAAGGAAGCUCGUUCCAGUAUUUUCCUAACUUCGGACUGGCGUACCAACGCAAACCUUCUCGUGGUGGUCAAUGGUGGACGUGGAGCGCAACCAGGUAUUUGGAGUCGAGAUCUGCUAAUACAGGAAGGUUUGGAACUGGGAUCGAUGCUGCCAGUGAUGCGUCGUGCCACCGCCUGCAACUUUGGCGUGGCCGUGGUUAACCCCUCCACUAGCAACGUUACCAUCGGGAAUGAUACUUUCCCUAUUCGAGGGAGCUCGUCCCCCGAUGAACACAUGCUCUAUGUGUGGGACAACAUCAUUUCCCGUGCUCAAGCACGCAACGUCUACGUUUUAGCGUACUCGUUCGGCGCUAAGUCGGUGGUGACGCUUAUCCAGAAGCGAGAGGAACAGGUCGUCAAGCGGGUAAAUGCGCUCGUGUUUGCAGAGGGCGCGUACCGCAUCGACCCGUCGACUACAUCUCCAGCUGUGGCCCAGUUCUUGAAGCAGCGUGCUAUCAACUUUAAGGGCGACGCUCAGAUCUCUGUGGGUGCACAUAUUCCCGCAGAAGAGGAGAAGCUCUCAUGUAGCUGUCUGUCAGUUGGAGAUCUCACGGCGUCAGGACCAUCAGCGGACGGAAAAUCGCCUCCAACUGCAGCGCCUACCUCAGCGCUGUCCAAGCGCAGCAGCAGCAACAAAGCGCGUACUAUUAGCCUCUCGCUGGAAACGACAUUCACUUAUUUCGUAUCUGCCCGUGAUCGCGGCUGUGGUGCUGCGCAGUUUAUCUCAGAGUCGGAAGCCAAGACGCGGACGUGGCUUGGAAACGUGAUUCGCCAUCGUCUGGACUCGCUGAAGCCUAAGAAGCAAAGUCGACGUCUCAGUGCAGCAAUGGGUACCAAUGCGAGCGAGUCGCCGCAUCAUCGGAAAACAGCUCGGCGAUCGUCGCUGGACACAGACGCAAGCUCGUCGGCAAUGCGCGCAUCGAUCGCCAGCAGUCGCGGUAGCAACUCGUCCAGCCAUCACUCGCACGGCGUGUCAGUAAGCGACUUUGACUUGAUCAAGGUGAUCGGCAAGGGAUCGAUCGGCAAAGUUUUCCUCGUACGCAAGAAAGACACACACGUUGUUUACGCCAUGAAGGUGUUGCGCAAGAAGAACGUGGUUCGCCACGGCUUGGAAGAGCAUAUCAAGACGGAGCGUCUAAUUCUUGAAGAGAUCGACCACCCGUUUAUUGCGAGGUUGCGCUUCUCGUUCCAGACAAAGGACAAGCUGUACCUCGUGACCGAUUACUGCUCUGGUGGAGAGCUGUUCCAUCAUAUGUCGGACGAUGGCUUCUCGUACGAAUUGUCUCGAUUCUACGCGGCUGAACUUGUGCUGGGACUGGAACAUCUUCAUCGCCUCAAGGUAGCCUAUCGCGAUCUCAAACCGGAGAAUAUCCUUGUUGAGGCCUCUGGCCACUUGCGCAUUACAGAUUUUGGGUUGUCCAAGCUGAACGUGGUUUCGGACAAAGGUGCGCAGACACUGGUGGGCAGUCCCGAGUAUCUCGCACCUGAAGUGUACAACAUGCAGAAAUAUGGCUACGCUGUCGACUGGUGGUCGCUCGGAGUGUUUCUCUACGAGAUGCUCACUGGAGUGCAUCCUUUUUUUGACGAUAAUCGGGAGGUCAUGGUGAAGAAGAUCAUGACUCCUGGCUCCGUGAGCACGAUGAUGCCACCGGAGAUGCCUCCCGAGGCAGCGUCGUUGAUCUGCGGUCUGCUCACAUUUAACCCCACCGAGCGGCUGGGAUCGCGUGGGUCUCACGAGCUGCGUGAUCACCCAUUUUUUGCUGGAGUUUCCUGGGACGGACUAAUGCGACGCGAGGUGAUACCACCGUGGCAUCCGGUGGUGCAAGACGAGCUGGACGUGGGCAACUUUGACGCCGAGUUCACGUCCGAACCAGUCGUGGACAGCGUGUGCACGCACCAGUCGAUGGUGCUGAGCUCCACUUUUACUGAUUUUACAUUCAACCCCAGCAUCUCGGAUUCCAUGCGCAAGAGAUAA